AAACUUUGAAGGGGUUGUUUGGGAUUCGUGUAAGUUUUCGGGAAAGCAAUUUUUACUCGCCGGAAAAUAGCAAUUUUUUCCGAACAAGCUAAUCAGGGUUUUGCAAAAUGGGUCGAGGAAAGAUCGAGAUCAAGAGGAUCGAGAACAACACGAAUCGACAGGUCACCUUCUGCAAGCGCCGAAACGGGCUUUUGAAGAAAGCUUAUGAGCUUUCAGUUCUCUGUGAUGCUGAGGUGGCCUUAAUCGUGUUCUCGAGCCGCGGCCGUGUCUAUGAGUUUGCCAACAGCAACAUCAGAUCAACCAUUGAAAGGUACAAGAAAGCCACUGCAGACAGUUCAAGUGUGUACACCUCUCAAGAAAUCAAUGCUCAAUUUUACCAACAAGAGUCCAAGAAGCUGCGUCAGCAAAUACAGAUGCUCCAAAACUCCAACAGGCAUCUUGUGGGUGAGGGACUGAGCUCACUAAAUGUCAAGGAACUGAAGCAGCUCGAAAGCCGUCUCGAGAGAGGCAUCGCUAGAAUCAGGGGCAAGAAGCAUGAAAUGAUACUAGCUGAGACUGAGAACUUGCAGAAGAGGGAGAUUCAGCUGGAGCAGGAAAAUUCCUGCCUCAGAGCUAAGAUUCAAGAAAACGAAAAGCUUCAGGAACUUAGCAUGAUGCCAUCUGGACAGGAAUUCGCCUUGCAGGCUUAUUUCGCUCGUAACAUGCUUCAGCUCAAUAUGAUGGAGACUGUAUCAUCCUAUCCCGUGCCUGAAAAGAAGGAUCUUCAUAUCGGCUAAAUCAGUUUUCAUCUGAAGAUUCAUGCAAGAAUGAGAGAAAGCCAAAUCCAGAUUAUCGUUUAUUAUCACCAGUGUUUGUUUGUUUCGUUCAAUAAUAUGUAAUAGGGACAAUUCGUGUCUCAGUGACAUUAUUACACGUUAUAUAUCAGACAAGGCUAUUUAUAAUGUGUUUGAACUAAAAA